CUUUUAAAAUUAACUUGGCAUCACUUUUCUCAGCCCAGACACUAACUGGAAAACGAAGUGUCAGUCAUUUUUUAAGGAAAAAAAAAACUUCUUAAAGAUUAAAGCUGAAAAUAUUCAAGUUAUUUUUGGAUAACAACAUACAGAGGCCAAAUGACAUAGGAUGAAGGCUGUUCGUAAUCUGCUGAUUUAUAUAUUUUCCACCUAUUUCCUGGUUAUGUUUGGAUUUAAUGCUGCCCAAGACUUCUGGUGUUCCACGUUGGUGAAGGGAGUCAUUUAUGGAUCCUAUUCUGUAAGUGAAAUGUUUCCAAAAAACUUUACAAACUGCACUUGGACGCUGGAAAACCCAGAUCCAACCAAAUAUAGUAUUUACCUGAAAUUUUCGAAAAAGGACUUCAGCUGCUCUAACUUUUCUCUCUUGGCUUAUCAGUUUGAUCAUUUUUCCCAUGAAAAAAUAAAGGAUCUUUUAAAAAAUAACCAUUCUAUAAUGCAACUCUGCGAUUCCAAGAAUGCUUUUGUAUUUCUACAGUAUGAUAAAAAUUUUAUUCAAAUACGUCGGGUAUAUCCAAUCGAAUUUCCAGGAUUACAGAAAAAAGGGGAUGAAGAUGAAAAAUCUUUUUUUGAAUUUUUGGUUUUGAACAAGGUGAGCCCAAGCCAGUUUGGUUGCCAUGUAUUAUGCACUUGGCUGGAGAGCUGCUUAAAAUCUGAAAAUGGGAGAACAGAGUCCUGUGGGAUCAUGUACACAAAAUGCACCUGUCCUCAGCAUUUGGGGGAAUGGGGAAUAGACGACCAGUCCCUGAUGUUGUUAAAUAACGUGGUGCUUCCCCUCAAUGAGCAGACGGAGGGCUGCCUAACCCAGGAGCUGCAAACUACCCAGGUCUGCAAUCUUACCAGGGAAGCCAAGCGCCCACCAAAAGAAGGAGAGGCCCACGUGGGACUCAACUGGAAGCACAAGCUCACUGUGUCGCAAUGGCUGUGA